UAUUUCUUUCUAAUUUGUUAAAUUGCUUCACGCACCUUUCUUGCUAGGAGUUAACUUACUAAGGUUCUUUUGAUUCUAUAAUUAAACACAACUAACGAGAAAGGGAUAAUAUGACUAGCGUUUCACCUUCUGAAACCGGUGGAACCCUUAUCACGUUUCUACAGCAGCUCCGGGGCACAUUGGUUGAGAUUGAGCUCAAAAACUCUUCGAUUGUGUCGGGCGAGAUUAGCUUUGUUGAUGCCAAGAUGAAUACCUAUUUAAGACAUGCCAAGAUUACGGCAAAAGGAAAAAACCCUGUGGAGUCAGAAGAAUACAUGGUGCGCGGUAGCACUAUUCGCUACGUUAUUAUGCCUGAAUCCCUAAAUACAUAUGAUGUGCUCAAGAAUGCGGCUGUAGCGGGGAAAAAGAAAGGUUCUGAAGCAGUAAAGAAAGAAGCACUUAAAAAUGGCACAAAACGACAAAGAAAUGAGUAGAUAAGAGAGAGAGGGAGAGGGAGAGGAGGAGGGAGAGUAAUGUGUGCCCAGCAGAAAGAUCGUUGAUGUUCAAAUUUCAGUGGAUAUGGGAUAUUUUCUGCUGGUAGAUUCUAGCGAAAAAUCUCUCAAACACAAGCGAGUAAAAACGAACAACAUAUCCUCCCUCCCCUCUCCAUCUUUUUAGAGAUUUUACAGGACGAAAUAUUCUCUCUUCGAAUGGUGUAGGAAGUAAAAAAAGGUGUCCGUACACAUUUACGAGAAUAGGUUUGGUAGUGAAGGGUAAUCGAAUGACUUUUAAAAGUGUAAGUCUCAAGAUUAUUUG